AUGUCGUCCGCUCGCCCAUUGACGCGUGGCCGAGGAGCAACGCUAGGAUCUGGCAGCAUAUCAGCUCGAUCGACAUCCGUUGCCAAGGCGCUGCUGCUAAGCACCACACUUGCAGCCCAUCUCCUAUCCAAAGCGUUCGCGACGCCCUUGAACUUUGCCUCGCAACACCUUGGAGCUCUGCCCCUUCCUGUGCCGGACGUUGCGGCAUGGAGUCGGGCGGAGGAGAUUGGGACUCUGCAUCAUGGUCACGAGCCAGAAGUACCAGAGAGCACUUUUCAGCUCGUAGUUGACAUGGUCUCCAUCGCUGUGAGCGGGAAGGUGGCUCGGUUCGCAUUCGCACAGUGCGCUGACAAUGCAUUCCUUCCGACUCGCUAGGGCUUGGUCAUACUGGGUGGUAUCUUUGCAGGCUUGACUCUCGGAUUGAUGGGUCUGGACAUGGUCAAUCUGCAGGUGUUGAGCACCAGCGGAUCAGAGACUGAGCAAGCCCAUGCGAGAAAAGUGCUCAAGCUGCUCGAAAAAGGAAGGCAUUGGGUCCUCGUCGUGCUCCUGCUGGGCAACGUUGUUGGUGAGGAUCGCCUACCAAAGGUGAUGCCUGCGGCUUGCGCCUUUCUAACGAGGUGUAAUCCCUGACCCGCCUCCACAACCAACACGCAGUGAAUGAGUCGCUGCCCAUCUUCCUGUCCGAUUUUGGCGGUACGGCGGCAGUCUUGGUGUGAGUGCAUGCCGACAGCUCUCCAAUGACGUAUCUAGCUUACUGAACAUUCAGCCCUCUCCAGCUCCACGCUCCUGAUCGUCAUCUUUGGCGAGAUCGUUCCUCAGUCGAUUUGCGCGAGGCACGGUUUGGCCAUUGGCGCAUACUGCGCACCGCUCGUGCAUGCCACCAUGAUCAUCAUGGCUCCCGUCGCCUGGCCCACAGCCAAGCUGCUGGACUGGGCUUUGGGCCAAGAUCACGGGACGACUUACCGCAAGGCCGAAUUAAAGACGUUCGUCUCUCUCCACCAACAGAUUGGCACGGAUGGACUGAAUGAGGACGAAGUGACGAUCAUUCGAUCAGUGCUGGAGCUGAACGACAAGACGGUUUCCUCGGUUAUGACACCAAUCGAGGAUGUCUACACGAUGAGUGCCGAUACGAUUAUGAACGAAGAGAACAUCAACCACUUGGUUCAAUCAGGCUACUCCAGAGUGCCUGUGCACGAGCCUGGCAAACCUGAUGCCAUUAUUGGGAUGCUACUCGUCAAAAGGCUGAUCACGUACGAUCCAGAAGAUGCAAUGCCCGCGAGCUGGUUCCAAUUGACACCUCUGCCAGAGACGAACCCAGACCUGAGCUUGCUCGACACGCUCAACUACUUCCAACAAGGACGAAGUCACAUGAUUUUGGUGUCGACGAACCCCGGAGAAAAUCGCGGAGCUAUGGGCAUAGUGACACUGGAGGAUGUCAUUGAGGAGGUCAUUGGCGAGGAGAUUGUAGAUGAGACGGACGUCUUUGUGGAUGUGCACAACAAGAUCAAGGUGAGCAUCGAGUGCUUCGUCCAGCGAUGGCGACGUCGAGGCUGAAUGACAUGCGCUAUCCGCGACAGGUCGUUCGCAAUCGACCUCAACAAGGCACCUCGGCGAACUACGCAGGCUUGGUGCAGGGCAUAAUUGAACGUCGACGCAAGUCAGGCAUGAUGAAGCGAGCAACACCGCUCAAGUCGGCGGGUACUGGAGUGAACAAAGUAGCUAUCAAGCGACCUGGCAGUCCCUUCUCCACCUCGAGCCAGGCCGGCGAAUCAUACACUCAGCCGAGUGGAUUAGCUGGGUUUGGGUCGCCACGCAACAAGGGUGCGGUACUGGAUGCAGCCAGGCGAGCAUCAUCUACAGACAGGGGAACGGGUAUCGUCGAGGGACUGUCCAAAGCUUUCACUCGCACGAUGACAUGGCCAAACGCUCCAGAGGCCGACAACUCUUCUCAGGCGAACGGCAAGUCGACGCCUGCUGUGAGCGGCUCGACAGGGGCUGCAGCGAACGAAGCCUCGCGCAGGAAUAGCAGCAGUCGCGCGAGCGGAUUGCCUGAUGGCUCUUAUAUCGUGGAGGUGGAUGACGGUCGAACCACGCUUUUGGAGGUGGGCGAUAUUGCGGAACAGCCAGCUGCUGAAGAGGUAGCUAGGAUCAGAGCGGAACAAGAGGCGAAGCAACAAGCCGCGAGGGAGGCACAGGCCGAAGAGGCAAAGAAAGCCAGUGGGACCUUGAUAGGUACGGCAGAAGAGCAAGAUGAAAGCAGACCGCUUUUGAGCGCUGCCAAGAGGAUGUUUGGGUCGACGGACGAGAAUGUGAACAAGACUCGGCCUGAUCACGAGGCGUAG